GUCUCUAAGAACCAAGCUGCAGUUGCUCUUUGGUUCUGCAGUACUUUGUGAUUCUGGCUGCAGGCUUUGUGCUGUGGAGCGGGCUCUGCGGCAGAUUGGACUCAAACUGAUCCCAGUCCGGAUCACCUCUGCUUGGUUCAGAAUGUCAGGAAGAACCUGAUGAGAGCCCAAGAUUAACUUUACUCAGAGGUCUGAUUUUCCUACGGCACCUGAAGGAAGCAUUUCCUUUUCUGGCUUUAAUCUCUAAAUGUAAUAAAAUAUCACGAGAAAUCAACAGGAAGAAAUAGUUUUUAUUCUCUGGAAAAGAAAAUUUAGUUCGAAUAAAAAUGAUUUUAUUGAUGUGGACCUGUGGUUCUGCCUCUGACCUGAGGGGGGCAGCACAUACCAUCAGAACUCUUCACAGAGAAGAAGUCCUGAACCUGACCGUCAUGGCCGAACUUAAUCGGCAGCUCCAGGAGUAUCUGUCCCAGUCCAAAAGCGGCGGAACCAAGUCCAGCUCCAGCACCUCGGUGGAAGUGGGAGAACCGGGUGCAGUACCGGGCAGCUGGUUUGGUAGAUGGUCCAGUCCUUGGUCCGGUCAGGCCUCGGGGGGAAGCACCGGGUCCUCUUGGCCCUGGUCGGCUGAACCGGACCCGUGCCUGCCCGGUGUGACCCGGAAGCAGCGGUUGCUAGGGUUCGGGUUCUGUGUGUGCCUGUCGGUUUUAUGUUUUGGACUCUCGGCUCUGUACGCACCACUGCUGCUGAUCUACGCCCGGAAGUUCGCCCUGCUCUGGACCCUGGGUUCCCUGUUCGCUGUGGCGGCGGUGUCGAUUCUGAGAGGGCCCAGUAAGCUGAUGUCCGGACUGCACCGGUCUCCCGGAGCCGCGGGGUACCUCUGCGCCCUGGCGGGGACUCUGUACGCGGCCCUGAGCCUCCACAGCACCGUGCUGACCGCCCUGGGAGCCGGCCUGCAGGUGGCGCUCAUCUUGGGCUCCCUGCUGUCCCUGCUGCCCGGGGGCAGCGCAGGGAUCCGGGUCCUGGGCGGUUGGAUGAUCUCUGUCCUGAAGAAGACCGUCUGCGGCAGAACGCUUCCGAUCUGAGCGGUACCGAGCUCAGAGACUGUACUGUACUUUCCACUGCAGAAUUAAACCCUCAACGACGACUGCCAGGAGUUCCUGGGGACCCAUGUUCAGAAACUGACCGGACAAACUGUGAUGGGAGGGUGGUUCUGAGUUGUUGUAGCUUUGUUAUUAAAACAGGUUCUACCAGCAGACUGGGUUUUUAUUGGAUUAAUAACGGAUAAAAUGGUUCUGGGAUCAUUCUGGUUUCCCUGGACCUGUCCGACCAGACGGGCUUAUUAUUGGUUUCUGUCACAGCUCCUUUCCUUUAGCUUCAGUCUGGUUCUGAUGGUUGGAUCACCUCUAACAUCAUGUUGUAGUUGUAUUAAUAAAUGGGUUCUACCAACAGACAGAACUUUGA